CUAUAUAACAAAUAAUUUGAGGCCAGCCACUGGACCUAUGGCGUCGGCGUUAUCAUUACCAUUCUAAAGACUCAGAGAGGGUGGUGUUUGUUUUCAACUUUUCUUUUGGUGAUACGAAUAAAGCUCUGAAUUAUACUCAAACUACUGAAACCCCGUCAAUAUGCCACUUAGAGAGGGAUCUACGAGCUCACGGGGCUCAGUACCCACCAUCAUUACCAUAAACAAUGAGGAAGGCGCACUUGUUGAGGAAGCCUUAAUCAAAAAAUCUAAUGGUUUGCACAAAGACAAAAAUGCACUGUCUCCCCAGACAAAAAGGGCGGACGACAAGUACCUAACUCCUUCCAGCGCUUCUCAGAAACGGAAGUAUAGCAACUUGGAAUUAGCCGCAAAUUGGGACGACAAGACCAGUAUGUGUAUCCGCCGGGAGCGGACUCAGAUUACCAACUUCUGGUUCAAAUACCAGCAUCCCAAGUACGAAAUCCUGACCGUCAGACUAAAUCCCCUCACUACCUUCGCCUCCCUUUUCAUUAUCAUUAUGUUUAUCAUCUGGUGCAUUCUCCAACCAAACGAGGCGGAAAAGAUUUUCCUUAACUUAAAGCAGAGUAUUACUCAGAUAUUUACCUGGCUGUAUAUCGGAUCACAAGAUAUGCGGACUAUAUUCAUCAUUUGGCUUUACUUCAGCAAAUAUGGCCACAUGAAACUCGGUAAAGACGAAGACAAGCCAGAGUUUUCAGAUGCCGAGUGGUUUUCUAUGUUAUUCGCUUGUGGUAUUGGAAUAGGCCUCUUCUUUUUCAGCGUAUCAGAGCCUCUCCGUCAUUACACGAUCUCGGAUGUUCUACCAAACAACCGUUUCGUUAACGACGCCUUCUUGCCUGACAACACACUGGCACAGAUAGCCAUGAAUAUUACUUUUUAUCAUUGGGGUUUGCACGCAUGGGUUGUGUACUGCGUGGUUGGGAUUAUUUUGGCCUUUACCUCAUUUAGAUGGGACUUACCCUUGACCAUGAAAAGUUGCUUCUACCCUCUCAUCGGUGAACGAAUAUUCGGUUGGUUGGGAGACACUAUUGAUAUUCUGUCUAUUAUCACUACCAUAUUUGGAGUGUGCACUAGUCUUGGUUUAGGAGCUAUUCAAGUUAAUGCAGGACUAAACUUCUUGAUCCCGAGUAUUCCAGUCCACACCCGGGUCCAGAUGGGAAUUAUCUGGAGUAUCACCUUCUGUGCUACCAUCUCCGUAGUGAGCGGAUUGAGAAGGGGAAUCAGACGGAUAAGUCAAGCCAGUUUCAUGAUAGGGGUGUUCCUAAUGUUGGUUGUCAUGUUCCUCGACCAGCCUCAGUACAUCCUCAACCUCUUCAUUCAGUCGCUCGGAUACUACAUCCAAAACAUCAUCCAGCUUGGUACCCACACUGACGCCUUCGAACAAAUGAGCCCCAGUCACGGAUCUAUAGACAGGGGAAGAGUGGACUCCACCUCGGACGGAGAGAGCGAGUGGAUGAACGAGUGGACAGUGUUCUACUGGUCCUGGUGGAUAGCUUGGAGUCCUUUUGUGGGAGCUUUUAUUGCAAAGAUAUCACGUGGCAGGACCAUCAGAGAGUUCUUACAAGGUUCUCUCACCGCCCCAGUCCUGUUCUCGUUCUUCUGGAUCACUGUCUUCGGGGGUUCAGGGAUAAAGAUGGAACGUGUCGCUGCUCAACAUGGGCUCUGUUGUCCUAACUGGAACGUCGCGAAAGCUGAAAUUGCCAUGGGGGAUAAUCUAAUAUUGGGUGACAAAGAGCAAUGGGGUGAAUAUAUAUGCGCAGAAGGGGGUUGCAAUCCCUGCUCGACGGGAAUUAUCAACAAAACUGAAUUCGACUUUGCUGAUUUGAAAGACAAUAUAGACGGAACAAGAUUGUACGGAUCAACACUAAAGCUCAACAACCAGCAGAUAACGAGACUAUCUUGUCACGACAAGGAGGCUAUGUGGUUCCUGCUCAUGGCAUCCUACGGAGACAUCUACGGUACUGUUCUCUCGGUGGUAUCCAUGAUAGGACUGUUUUUGUACCUUCUAACUAGCAGUGACUCUGGGUCUCUUAUAAUCGACACUCUGGCUAGCAACGGUGAUAACGAACCACCAGUUUCACAGAGAAUAUUCUGGGCGAUGGUGGAAGGGGCCUGCGCAACCUCCCUCCUCGCAGCAGGCGGUGAGUCAGCUCUAGUGGCCAUCCAGACCGCUAGUAUAGUGGCUGCCUUCCCCUACACUCUCAUUCUUAAUAUAUUGUGUGUGUCGAUAUACGUGGCACUUACCAAGGACGCAAGGAUCGCGGAAGGGGGUGAGAAUUACGAGGACCCUGCCUUCUCUAUAGGUUUACUGGAUUUCGUCACCACAUGGCAGCCGAGGUUGAUGAAAGAGACGCUGAAGAACAUAUUCCUUGGACCGUACAACUGCGGCAAGUGUCUGGCUAGAAUCAACGGGAACGACCACGCUUUCGUGUGGCAGAUCACCCUUUCCAUCUUUCUGAUUGGGUUACCUGUCUUCUACGCGAUAGAGAUACAGUUCGGGAUACCAGGUAGUUCCUCCAUUGCCUGGACCUGCUACCUCGGCUUCGUGUUCUACGUCACUGGGGCACGAGUGCUUCUCAGAAUAGCCUGCAAAAUCCCUGGCAACUUGAUAGCAGAUUUCAUAAUCUGUCUGUUCCUGUGGCCGACAGUAAUCGUACAGAUGACUGAACACAUUGCUGGUGGUGCACUGAACAUCGUCAACAAAAGUCCGGAUCACGAUAGCUUAGACUCCAGAUUGGACAAGGGCAGCGUAGACUCCGAAUUGGACAACAUUGCCAAAGUUUACGCCGGCUUCGGAACUCAGAAUAAUGACGAUUCCAAAGUUUAGAUCAGAAAUGUUUUCUAAAGCUGCCACUGAACUUGGAGGACUUCGCCGCUUCGACGCGCCGCGCAAACUAGCAUUCUUGCUUCGCAAUCGUUGCUUUACAGAGCAACGAUCUGGAAGGGUUGACAUCGUCAAUCAACCACUGAACCGGCUGUAAUUUCAACUUUUAACGCUGGAGAGUGAAACUUGAACGCAUGUGGUUUAUCAGUAUUAUUUUAUGUGCGAUACUUUAUAUUUUAUGCGACAAAACUUAUCACCAAACGUUAGUUCAUGUCUGUUGCUACUUGUCUGACUGAGCUAAUCAAUUUUAUAAAGCACAUUUUCAUGUUUUAGUCCGGGUUUAACUCGGAUAUGUUAUGUACAAUCAGCAUGUUAAAAGAUAUCAUGUCGGAAAUCAAAGACUGUAUUAUGUCUGACUGAGAAAUGAGAAUACUUUACAUUUUAAGAUUCAUGUUUCUCGAAA